AUGCUUCAGCUCGCUGCGAGGCCUCACUCUCUCAGACCGGUGUGGUGGAUCGGUAUGGGCGCCUGCAAAGGUCUGGGCUUGGACCAAGGAUGCGGCGUGCGCAGCACAGUAAAAGAGAACGUCAGCCAGGCUGCCCGGGUUGGAGCAUCACGGGAAGAAGGGAGGUUGUGGGCGGAGAAAUGCGAUGAGCAGGUCGGACUGCUCGAAGUUCCGGUCGACAGCCGCAACAUCAGCGAUGGCGCAAUAGCGGAUGUCCCUGUCGGUUCUCGUGGGAGGGAUCCAGCUUUGGUGCGAUCAUGGAGGGCACAUCGAGUGCCGUCUCACUGUGUUGCUUGCACCGUGACCCGGGUCUAG